UGGGCGGCGGCAGUCACUUACCAUCAGGUGAGCCGCAUGCUCUCUGUGUCAUAAAAUAAUCGUCAUCUCAUUUACAUAGUUUUCAUAAAAAUUGCGAGACAUGCAUCGUCUACCAUUUUGUAUGUCUAUGGAUUUUACUAAACUGUACCAUAUGAAUUGUAAAGCACAAUAGCAAAUGACGAAUCUGACUGAACAGGAUACGAAUACAUUACCUCCCGGAUAUCAUUCUUCAAAGUUCAAGACUGUCGUUCCUUACCUAUACCUACCUACGUAGGAACAUAUUUAGCAUUACUUAGACACGGACCUUUGAAUAUUAAUAUAGUGCAUUACAAUAUUUAAUAAAACAACUAAUUCAUCAGAAACAAUGAUAAAUAACUUGUAUGUGAUUGCAAAAGCGAGACGCUAAGGACAUAGUUUAUAAAUACUCUCUAUCAACUUAAAAAGUUUUUGCCUAAAGUUUUUUUGGUUGUGAUUCGUCGAAUAAUAAUUACGUAUCUAUACGAAUUGUAUAGAAUUAUACUUAGAUACCGAGUCAGUUAAGCAAAUAGCAUCCGUGUCGUUUGGACUUGUAUUAAAAGUGUUUAAAUAAUAUAUAACAAUGAUAAGAAGGUUAAUAUUAGUUUGUGAAAUGGAAAAGUAGGUAGUCUUGUGUAUUAAAGAGUGUAGCCACAGACAUGUGUUUGAAAUAUUUCAUUUGUAUUUUAUUAUGUUUAUGUACUGUUUUUGGAGUGCAUGUAUCCAAUCUGAGCGGCGCGUGCCUCCGGUGUCUCUGCUAUGUAGCCGGUUGCGAUAUGUCCCACGGGUGUUCGGGAGGUUACUGCGGUCCUUUCUACAUCUCCAAACUUUAUUGGAUUGACGCUGGCAAACCAACUUUGCCCAAUGACGAUCCCGAGAGAGAUGAAGCGUUUGAAGAUUGCGCAAGAGAUUACUUCUGUUCCAUCAGAGUGGUUGAAAAUUACAUGGCGAAGUUUGGAAAGGACUGCAACAAUGACGGCGUGACCAACUGCUUCGAUUUUAUGAUGAUCAACUACCAUGGCGGCCGCGCCUGCUCCGACCCUUUGUUCCUUACAGACCACGGGAGGCGGUGGCUUGCAAAAUUCCAGGAGUGUCGUUUCUAGGUUUUAGAUAGCCAUUGUACUAGAUCAUAUAUAUAUAUCUACGUCUAGAUGGAGAGUCAACUAUCAAAAACGUCAACUGAUCAACCAACUAAGUGCCUAGUAUGAGUUGUACAAAAAUUUACAUUACUAAUGUGUACACCAGAGGGAGACUUUGUACAAAAGUUUGGGCACCUCUGUCCCAUUCGUGUUUCUACCGACUGUGUUUACGUUUGAAGGGCAUAUGGCAGUGAAUUUACAGGGUACAGUGGGAUAACACCUGAGUCCUCAAGAAUGGCAAUGCAUGGGGGGUUUCAUGGGCGAAACAGUAUACUCUGUUAUGCCCAUGAUACUACUCAUGUCUAUAGCGACGGUUACCACUUUCCAUCAGAUGGGCCGUCAGCUUGUUUGCCAUUCUAAGUUGCAUAAAAAAAAGCACAUUUAUGUCGAUAAUUUUGUAUGGAAAUAUGAGUUUUCGAAACUAUUUGCUUAAAGUGUAGUAUUAAGUUUUCAAUACAAACAUAUCGAGUAAAUGUGAACGUAAGUUUAACGUAAAUCUUUGUACAACUCACACUAGACACUCUCCUGUGCAAAAUACAUUUGCUUUUCAUACAGUACAAAAGUAUGAAGCUGUACUUAUCUUAUUGACGUAAUAAAAUUGUAACUUGACUAUUUAUUUAAAAAAAUAAUAAUAUGAGGAGUCCUAAAAAGAGUAAUAAAAGUUAAAACAAAAUUUAUAAUCUGUCUGUAUGUUUGUUUUAGUAUCACGCAGAAACUACUGCAUUAAAUUGAAUGCGAUUUCCACGGUUAUGAUUAUGAAAGUGUAACUUAAAAACUGGUGUAUAUUUUAUAUUACUGUUAAAAGUGGUUAUCUACAUAUACACGAGUACGAAGUUGCGGGCAAAUACUAGUUGAUAAGAAACAUAUUAAUAAAUAAAUAUAUUAUUUGUGUGCCAAAAAACAUCAAUUACAAGAUUGAUAUACUUUUAUACUUUCUGGAAAUGAAUUAUGUUAAACAUGGCCAUUUUUUUCAAUGCACUUUUAAAGAAAUUCUCUCUAGAUCUUAUUAAUCAAUGUAUUGUAAAUUUUUUUACUCAUACAAAAUAAUUAUAUUCAAAUCUUUUUUUUGGAAUACUGUAAUAUUUACAAUGCGAUGGUGUUAUCAGAUAUUUGACAGACAAAAAAAAAUAUAAAAUGUAAAAGCUAUCUGUGUAUAAAAAGUACAUUAUAAUAACUAGUUUUUUUUUUUAAUAUUAUUAUAACAAUUCAUAAUAAAUAAUAAAUAUUCUAAUGUGUCACUUAAUAUAUAUAUUAUGUGACCAAUUAGAGUAUUUAUUAUUUUUCUGCCUACAUAUUAGUUCAUAAUAUCUGACAAUAAUAAACAAUAUAAAAUUUAAAAAAGUACUUAAUAAAAUUAAUUAAUUAAUUUUAAUACACGAGUAAAUUAGUAAUCUGUACAACUUAGAUAUAGUUUAAGAUAGUAUUGAAAUUAUU